CUUAUAGAGACUCCAUGUGAAGGUGACCCUCUGGGGGCUGAAGAAGGAGGAAAAUUGCCAAGCUCGAGCUUCACAGCUUCCUCGCACUUUUUAAAUCUCUUUAAUCCAUCUAAUGGUCGUUUAAAUGGACCUUUAAGCUGGUGUGCUGAAAACAGUAACAAAGGAGAGUACUUACAGAUCCAGUUACCUGAGUCCAAAACAGUCUGUGCGAUCGCCACCCAAGGUGCUGGCCAACAAGAAGGGACCUCAUUUGUCAAAUCUUACUUUUUGGAAUACUCUGUCAAUGGAGAAGAAUGGAAAAAAGUUGAAAGAGGAGAUGGUCAAGAAAAGGUAUACGUAAAGAAUAAAACCUACAAAGAAAAUAACUUCCUACCCUUUCCCCCACCCCUUACUGAAACAAAUGGAGUUUAAUAUUAUCCGUUCGAUAAAUGUUAAGAUCGCUCCUCUAAAUGUGGUCCUUUGCACGGGUUAGAACACAUACAAUGAAGAGGAACUGGGACAAUCAACCGCCCGGAUCUGUCAUUUUGAAAUAAUUAAGUGCUUUACGGUUAACUAGCAUAAAACUUCCUGGAUAAAGGAUGUGUGACAAGCAGAUACAUCGCAAACGGAAGUGCUAAGAAAAAAAAUACGUAACACCGUCCAAAAUACAUGAAACAAAACACGAACAAACAGGCAAGUAAAAGUUAACCCAGAAUAACAGAUAACCAACGUAAGCCAACAGGUGUUAAAAAACAAACAAACAAACAAACAAAAACUAACAAAAGCGAAAUACUUUGGGUUCAACUGGUACAACUUCAGCGCCAGCUCUUUCAUCUUCCUCUUGUUCAACAGGAACAAGAACGGGUGGAACGGGAAGAACUGCCAUGAAUACAGGGAUGGUUUAUUGGAAAAAACUUAAAAUGUCGCUACCUGCGAAACGUCGUUUGGGAUGGUAUCGUCAAUGUUGACUUAAAAUUAAAGUCAAGAAAUAGUUCCUAGAUAAUUCGAAGGAAAAGUUGCUACUUUGGCGGUCGUUUCUUGAAUAGUUUUAAAAUUAAUCAACUUUUUAUCAACUAGCGAUAAAUACUUGAUAAGCUUGUAAUUUAUUAUGAUGGAGCACUGCGCUAUUCAUUGUUGUUAGAUGAUGUCACACAAACAGAAUAUCACGAAUAAUAAUUGCAUCAUUCAGAUAAAUUGUCAAAACUCCCCUACAUAAUCUGAAUGCAGCUAUAGCUCACUAGCAGUUGAUUAUGGGAUACCAAAUUACACUGAGUGUGGCCUUCUCAAUGUAUAAAAUUAUAUAUAACAUGAUGUUUUCUUCCUACCAGGUGUUUGGAGGCAACAUUGAUACUCAUUCUAUAAAGAAACAAAUAUUACCGACUCCCAUAGAGGCUACCUUCGUUCGCAUUUAUCCUCAAGAAUUCGUUGAUUGGAUGUGUAUGAGGGUUGAGUUGUAUGGUAAAGGUAUGUAUAUACCAGUUUUUAUUGCCUGAAAUAAUUACAGUCGAACCUUAACCAAUUGGAAGCUCAAGAAAGCAAAAAAAAAAACACGUCCCAUAAAUAAAAGUACACUACAUUAAGUACACUACACCUAAGGUGAAGUAAAAAGACUUCAUUUUUAAUCGCUGCAAGCUCCUCUCUAAAGCUCACUCAAUAUUUCUGUCACUGUUUAAGGAAGCCUGAAAAUUAUCAAAAUCAUUAUACUAAUAAUGAUAAUUUAUCUCUCUGUCCACUAGAAUUAGAAGAAUCCACAACAGCUGGUAAGUAACUGACAUUUUUAUUCUCUCAGAAUUUAGCAAACCAUCGUUUUAAAGCAUCACGAGUUACAUAGACUUUGAAUUUAAUUUACCGUGAACACAUUCCUUUUCAAGCACCAGCAGAACCUAUCACUGACCCUUUUAAAUCGUAAAAAACUUGCUUGCUUUGUUUCUAUAAUGAGUAGUAUCAUUUGAAUGAGAACAAAGAGUUUCUAAGGCGUAUCAAAACUCUAUUUCACGAUAGUAAGCUUCUUCUUAAUUUUUUCAAAACAAAAGAAGAAACUGUGUGGUCUCAGCCGAGCAACCUAUUUUUGAGAACUACAGACCAUUUUUUGUUCAUUUUCAUAGCAGCAUUUUUGUGAGUCAAUCAAAAUGCACAAAAUCCAAUAAGCAUAGUCUAGUUAUUUUCUUUAUUUACUUCAGUUUAGGGUUUCUAACUAGGGUGGAUUAUUAGUUUCUGCCGAUAACGUUAAAGAAUCAACUUCAAGUGCUAAAUAACGCAUUUUUGCCAAAUUAUAUUGCUCUACUGUUUACUUCCUGGAUGGUUAUUUUAAGUGUUUUUUGACCUCUUUUUUGUUUAGUUCAGAAAAAUACAUUUAUUCGGCAGAUUGGUUUUGUAAACAACUUGACAGAAUUUUGAUAGCAAAAUCUUUAGACUAUCGAAUCCUUCUCAUUGUUAAUUUUGACGACCUUUUUUCCCUUUUUAUCUUGUUAAGCGUUAGAAGAAUCGGCCACAGAAGGUUUGUCCAUAGUUAUACAUGUAUUUCGUCUGCCAAUAUUUUAUUUUCUUAAAACGUUAUUAAUGACGAGUUUAAGAAAAAAUAUCAGUUUAAAAUGACCAGUUGGUAGAUGCUGUGUUCAAUUUUCGACAGUGUAAAUUUCUCUAGGAGCUUCAUAACUUGCAACUGUUUUGCUCCUUAAGCAUCCUUUUAUACAAAGGUAUAAGUAAAAUAGAAGACAUUUAAUUAUUUCAAAAUGGCAGAUCGUAGAUGGCGGAUGGUUUCAAUUCCCUCUCUAAUAAAUGCAUGACGUCAUAAUGACAUCACUGAUAUGGCUAAAGAUUAUUUUAAUAUUAUUUAAAAUGUGUUAACCAGAUAUUCUGAGCAUCUCAAACUAGAUAACUUUGUGCUUUUAAGAGUCAACUGCAAGUAGUAAAUUUCUUUCUUUGCAAAUUAUUUUUCACUUCAUUUUUGCUUCUUUGUUUAGUUCGUGUAACUUUUUUUCGAAUUUUUCUUUUUGAUUUUUAUAAACAUAAUUUAAGAGAAUUAUAAUGACAAAAACAAAAAUCAAAACCCUUUCAUCAUCAUUAUUUUUGACAUCUUUAUAUUAUUCAGACAACUUUUUUUUUCGUUUUGAUAUUGUUUAGCGUCAAAAGAAUCGACCACAAAAGGUUUGUCAUUAAUUUGUUUACUUUUUAGACUGAUUUUUGAAAAUAUUUAAGAGAAUUUUGGUAUCAAAAACAAAUGAUUUUCGAAACGUUUUCAUCGUUAUGAUUUUGUUUAGCAUCAAAAAAAUCGACCACAAAAGGUUUGUCAUUAGUUUAUUUAGUUUGUUGAUUGUUUCUGAUGACAAAAAAAAUUGAUUUUGAAAUCUUUACAUUAUUCUGAAAACUUUUUUUCGUUUAAUAUUGUUUAGCAUCAGAAAAAUUGACCACAGAGGGUUUGUCCUAGUUUGUUUAGUUUGUAGGUUGAAUUUGGAAUUUUUAAAAGAAUUUUGAAGAGGAAAGACACUCGACUUUCGAAAUAUUUCAUCAUUAUGAUUUUAAAAUCUUUAUGUUAUUCUGAUAACCUCUUUCUUUUAAUUUUGUUUAGCAUCAGAAGAGUCGACAACAGAAGGUUUGUUAUCAGAGUAUUUAGUUUGCAGAUUGAUUUUUGAAAAGAAUUUAAGAGAACUUUGAUCACAAAAACAAUUGGUUUUCGAAACCUUUCAUCAUUAUAUUUUGUAAUCUUUAAAUUAUUCUAACAACUAAGUUUUUUUAAUAUUGUUUAGCAUCAGAAGAAUCGACCACAGGCUUCUCCUUAGUUUGUUUAGUUUGAAGAUUGAUUUUUGUAAUUUUUUAAGAGAACUUUGAUGACAAAAACAAUUGAUUUUCAAAACCUUUUCAUCAUUAUGAUUUCGAAAUCUUUAUAAUUAUUAUCCUGAAAACUUCUUUCUUUCUUUUAAUUUUGUUUAGCAUCAGAGGAACCGACCACAGAGGGUUUGUCCUUAGUUUGUUUAGUUUGUAGAUUGAUAUUUCUAAAAUUUUUAAGAGAAUUUUGCUGACAAAAUCAAUUGAUUUUCGAAACCUUUUCAUCGUUAUGAUUUUGAAAUCUUACUUUAUUCUAACAACUUCUUUCUUGUAAUAUUGUUUAGUAUCAGAAGAAUCGACAACAGAAGGUUUGUUAUUAGUUUAUUUAGCUUGUAGAUUGAUUUUUGAAAAUAACUUACGAGAAUUCUCAACUUUUUAUUCGUUUAAUAUUGCUUAAUAUCAGAAAAAUUGACCACAGAAGGUUUGUCCUUAUAGUUUGUUUGGUUUGUAGAUUGAAUUUGGAAAUUUUUAAGAGAAUUUUGAUGACCAAAACAAUUGACUUUCGAAAUCUUUUCGUCACUAUAAUUUUGAAAUCUUCAUGUUAUUGUGAUAACUUUUCCCUUUUAAUUUUGUUUAGCACCAGAAGAGUCGACAACAGAAGGUUUGUUAUUGGUUAAUUUAGUUUGUAGAUUGGUUUUUGAAUAAAUUUAUCUUAACUUAUCUUAAUUUAUUUAUAAAUCUUUAUAUUAUUCUGACAACUUCUUUCUUUAAAUUUUGUUUAGCAUCAGAAAAAUCAACCCCAGAAGGUUUGUCCUUAGUUUGUUUAAUCUUUAAUGAUAUUUGUAAAUUUUUAAGAGAAUUUUGAUGACAAAAACAAUUGAUUUUCGAAACCUUUUUACCAUUAUGAUUUUAAAAUCUUUAUAUUACUCUGACAUCUUUUUUCCUUUAAUUUUGUUUAGCAUCAGAAGAAUCGACCACCGAAGGUUUGUCCUUAGUUUGUUUAGUCUAUAAUGAUAUUUGUAAAUUUUUAAGAGAAUUUUAAUGACAAAAACAAUUGAUUUUCGAAACCUUUUCAUCAUUAUGAUUUUGAAAUCUUUGAUAUUAUUCUAACAACUUCUUUUAAUUUUGCUAAGCAUCAGAAGGGUCAGAAGAAUCGACCACAGAAGGUUUGUCCCUAGUUUGUUUAGUUUGUAGAUUGAUUUUUCUAAAAUUUUUAAGAGAAUUGUGAUCCAAAAACAAUUGAUUUUCUAAAUCGUUUCAUCAUUAUCAUUUUGAAAUCUUUAUAUUAUCCUGAAAACUUCUUUCUUUUAACUUUGUUUAGCAUCACAAGAAUCUACCACAGAAGGUUUGUCAUUAGUUUGUUUAGUUUGUAGAUUGAUAUUUCUAAAAUUUUUAAGAGACUUUUGAUGAUAAAAUCAAUUGAUUUUCGAAAUCUUUUCAUCAUUAUGAUUUUGAAAUCUUUCUAUUAUCCUGACAAGGUCUCUCUUUUAAUUUUGUUUAGCAUCAGAAAAAUCGACAGCAGAAGAUUUUUAUUAGUUUAUGUAGCUUGUAGACUGAUUUUUGAAAAUAAUUUAAGAGGAAUUCUCAACUUUUUUUCUUUCAAUACUGUUUAACAUCAAAAGAAUCGACCAUAGAAGGUUUGUCCUUAUAGUUUGUUUGGUUUGUAGAUUGAAUUUGGAAAUUUUUAAGAGAAUUUUGAUGACCAAAACAAUUGACUUUCGAAAUCUUUUCGUCACUAUAAUUUUGAAAUCUUCAUGUUAUUGUGAUAACUUUUCCCUUUUAAUUUUGUUUAGCACCAGAAGAGUCGACAACAGAAGGUUUGUUAUUAGUUUAUUUAGUUUGUAGAUUGGUUUUUGAAAAUAAUUUAAAAGAAUUUUGAUGACAAAACAAUUGAUUUUCGAAACCUUUUCAACAUUAUGAUUUCUUUCUUUUAAUUUUGUUUAGCAUCAGAAAAAUCAACCUUAGACGGUUUGUCCUUAUUUUUUUGGGUUUGUAGAUUGAUUUUUGUAAAUUUUUAAGAGAGUUUUGAUGACAAAAACAAUUGAUUUUUUAAUCUUUUCAUCAUUAUGAUUUUAAAAUCUUUACAUUACUCUGACAGCUUCUUUCUUCUAAUUUCGUUUAGUAUCAGAAGAAUCGACCACCGAAGGUUUCUCCUUAGUUUGUUUAGUUUAUAAUGAUUUUUGUAAAUUUUUAAGACAAUUUUGAUGACAAAAACCAUUGAUUUACGAAAUCUUUUCAUCAUUAGGAUUUUGAAAUCUUUAAUUAUCCUGACAACUUCUUUCUUUUACUUUUGUUUAGUAUCAGAAGAAUCGACAACAGAAGGUUUGUCAUUAGUUUAUUUAGUUCGUAGAUUGAUGUUUGUAAAUGUUUAAGAGAAUUUUGAUGAAAAAAACAACUGAUUUGCGAAACCUUUCCGCCCUUAUGAUUUUGAAAUCUUUAUAUUAUUCUGACAACUUUUUUUCUUUUAAUAUUGUUUAGUUAGUAGAUUAAAUUUGGAAAUUUUUAAGAGAAUUUUUAUGACAAAAACAAUUGAUUUUCGAAAUCUUUUCAUCACUAUGAUUUUGUAAUCUUUAUUCUGACUUCUUCCCUUUUAAUUUUGUUUAUCAUCAGAGGAAUCGACAACAGAAGGUUUGUUAUUAGUUUAUUUAGUUUGUUCAUUGAUUUUUGAAAAUAAUUUAAGAGAGUUUUGAUGACAAAAACAAUUGAUUUUCGAAACCUUUUCAUCAUUAUCAUUUUGAAAUCUUGAUAUUAUCCUGAAAACGUCUUUCUUUUAAUUUUGUUUAGCUUCAGAAGAAUCGACCACAGAAGGUUUGUCAUUAGUUUGUUUAGUUUAUAAUGAUUUUUUUAAAUUUUUAAGAGAGUUUUGAUGACAAAAACAAUUGAUUUUCAAAACCUUUUCAUCAUUAUGAUUUUGAAAUCUUUAUAUUUUCCUGAAAACUUCUUUCUUUUAAUUUUGUUUGGCAUCAGAAGAAUCGACCACAGAAGGUUUGUCCUUAGUUUGUUUAGUUUGUAGAUUGAUAUUUCUAAAAUUUUUUUAGAGAAUUUUAAUGACAAAAUCAAUUGAUUUUCGAAACCUUUUCAUCAUUAUGAUUUUGAAAUCUUUAUAUUAUUCUGACAAACUUCUCUCUUUCAAUUUUGUCUAGCAUCAGAAGAAUCGACAGCAGAAGAUUUUUAUUAGUUUAUUUCGUUUGUAGACUGAUUUUCGAAAAUAAUUGAAGAAAAUUUUUAUUACAAAAUCAAUUGAUUUUCGAAACUUUUUCAUCACUAUGAGUUUGAAAUCUUUAUAUUAUUCUGACAACCAUUAUUUCUUUUAAAUUCGUUAGUAGCAGAAGAGUCGACCACAGAAGGUUUGUACGUCUUAAGUUUAAUUUAUAUGUUUGUUUGCUAUUUUUGUGAUAUUUAAACAACUCCAUCUACAUAACUUGAUUUACCAAACUUAGUUUGUAGGACUUUUUUUCCUCAACGUUAUUUUCACUGAAACUCGUUUCACACAAUAAACAACGUUGCUACAGAAACAAAUCAUAGUAAAAUAGUGAUAAUUAUUCAAAGUAAUUUCCGUCUUUUAUUAACCUUAAGCUGUCUCUAUGUUAGUGAAAAAUAAGAAUUGACUUUUCAAAACAGUUUUUUCUUCGACUAUACAUUUGUACAUUGUGAUUUAAAUGAGCCUUUGCAUCCGAAAAGGUUACAUGGUACGAAAACACUUUGCUGGAGGGCACACAAUGCAGUAGGGCCUUGAAAAGAAAGGUUAUUAGCUUUUUGAAUGAUGAAAUCUCUUUUUUUUUCUCGUUUUUGGGCCCCCAGAGAAACAGUUUUUAUCUAUUUAUGAUUAUUUUCGACUAACUACUUAGUAAAGGAUCAUAAAUAUCAUUUUCCCCCUACCAGUGAGCAGUCAUGCAGUUUAAGGUCGCGGGGACACCCAUCUACGAAUAAAUUCAUAAGGCAAAAUUUUGUUUGUGCUUUAAAACGCUUGUAUCUCGGCUGUUUUAGAGGCGAUUUAGACAAAAUUUUACAGAGACGUUGUGAAAUAAUGGAAGUUUAGGAGGUUUUGUUUUUAUUUGGUAGAUUGCACCUUACAGCGAUGCUUUGAGAAACAGUUGUACCAAAUUGGGAAAUCGUGAUUUUUUGUCUGAAAGAAUACAAGACAGCACUCUGUGAUUUUAUUAAUAAAUUAUCGGUGAAAACCUCUAGUGUGUGCUGUUAUAUAUGUAUUGAGCAGAUUUUUUUUAUUUUUAGCUCAGAUUCAUUUCUUCUUCAUUUCUUUCUUACCUUUUUGUUGUUUUUGUUUGCAAAAAAGUAGAAAGGUGCAUUUUAUAAGGUACAAAAGGAAUUUAUGUAUAAUUAAAAAUCCCAGUUUUGUCAAUAAGAGUACUAGUUUUUUAGGACAGUUUUUGUCUGCUCAUUUUCUAUUAUUCCUUUCGGCUAACUAAACAUCAGCAAUGUGGACCAUUCUUCUGGGCUAAUGAAGACUCCCAGCAGUUUAACACCAAUUUAUAAUAACUAGUUAUCGGGAAACAUUCUCAAAAACAGCUUGAGAACAGAGACUACUGCGCGCGCAGAUCUGAAAUUGGAGAUGACAAAUGAAAAAAUAAAUAGUGCUGCUAGGCUUAUUCACCUUACUAGUAGAUAUGAACAUGUUACGCCGCUUGCCUAUUCAACUUCAUUGGCUACCAAUUGAACAAACAAAAUUGCAGUAAUUACAUGUAAGGCACUUCAUGGUGCUGCACCUAGCUAUAUCACUGAUCUCAUCAAGCCUUAUACACCACCUGGUAGACUUCUUAGAUCCUCUAAUCAAUUUUUACUUUCUACAUCUAAAUUUAAUCUUAAAACUUGUGGUGGCCGGUCUUUUACUACUGCUGCACCUUCUGUUUGGAAUGCACUUCCAUUCGAACUUAGAUCUUGUAAUUCCCUUUCUUCUUUUAAAUCUAAGCUUAAGACUUGGCUUUUUAAAACUUGUUAUGAUGUUGUCGUAUAGAAUGAUGAUGUUUUCGUAGGAUGACAAUGUAGUUUUGUAGGUUUAGGAUUUUGUUGUUAUUGUUAUUAUGUUAAGCGCUUUUGGACUAUUGGGAAUUAGCGCUCUAUAAAUAUUGUAUAUUAUAUUAUUAUAUUAAAAAAUGACAAAUUUGGAGCAGGAAGUCGGAUUCAAGACUUUCCGUGCGCUUCCUCCAAUCCACGUUCUUGUUAAACGAUGCGGUUUUUUUUUUUUGCAUUAUCUGUCUAUUUAUUCAACAACCGUCUCGCCCUCACGUUAAACGAGAUUGCGGAACUUAAAGUCAUACGACAGGCAGAAGGAUUUAAGGCCACAGCUGGGAAUCGAACUGAGACGGAGCUCUUGCACAAAAGGCCGAGUACUAACCAAUUGUGCCAAUCCCUUCUCAAUUGUAAUUAAAUAAUUACGUACGUAUCCUCAUACUAAGUGUACGAAAUUAUUUCCUCGGUUGUAUCGUCAGAAAAAUAAAUAUCAGCUAGCCUCCACUCUGUGAAGCUUUCAUUUACCGUAUUUGAUCACAACAGCGUUGUUUUAGGUCCUUUCAGCUAAUCAAAAAUGAAAGAAAUCUGUGUUUCUAUUUUUUAAUAAUUUAUUAAAUUUUUCUCCAUUUAUUUUAUAUUCCAGGCCCAGUUAUAUUAUAGCACAGAUUUAAAGAUAUCAUUUACAAGCUAGAUUUAAAUAAUCAAGUUACAAGAAUAAACGGAGAAGGGCAAGAUAAAUUAUAGUAAAACUAAUUACAUGCCCUUUAAUUAGAUUCAGUUUUACUUACAUUUUUUGUACAAUGAAUAAGAAAAGGAAAUCCAAUAACCAUAAUAAAAGUUUUAAUAAUGACAAACAGUAACUGAUUAUGUUUUUUUAUUGUCAUUUUUCUUUGUUUAGCCAUUCCACCGACUACAACUGAGAUCUCUCCAGUACCAACAACCGCCAGUAAAGGGAUCGAUAUAGGGAUUUUGUUGGAUAGUUCCUCCGGUGUGACUCCCGAACAAUUUCAAAUGCUAAAGUCAUUUGUAUCCCGUUUGGUCGUUAGAAUUACCGAUACCUUUGGGUUAAGUGUUCAGUUUGGUUUUAUCGAGUACGGUGAAGCAUCCCAGCUUCUAAUGACACUCAAGUUGUUUACUGAUGUUGACGUGUCUGGGAUUGUUCAGGGUAUUGAAUAUGUCCGUGCUCAGGGUCAUCGCACUGACCUGGCCAUGCUGAAAGCCACUCAAGAGUUAUUCUGCCGAGAGGGAUGCGGACUCCGCUCAGAGGGGGAAAAUGUACUGAUCGUUUUUACAUCCAAGAACAAUGACGCUGGAUCUAUGCCUUAUAGCUUUAUAUCACAAAAAAUGAAGGUAGGCACC